GAACCUCUCAUGAAUCCAUAUAUAUAGCCAAUGAAGCCCAGGAAAUCAUUUUAUCACUGAGAUAAUUACAGGGGAAGGAGAUCAUAGUAUACUGAUCAUCUGAGGCAUAUACAUAUAUACAUACACUUUUGGAUUCCAUAUAUACAUAUAUAUAUAUAUAUAGAUAGAGAGAGAGAGAGAGAGAGAGAGAGAGAGAGAGAGAUCAAUUGCGAAAAGAUGGUUAGAGCUCCAUGCUGUGAGAAGAUGGGACUGAAGAGAGGUCCAUGGACACAUGAAGAAGAUCAGAUACUCAUCACUUACAUCAAUCUCUAUGGUCAUGACAAUUGGAGAGCACUUCCCAAACAAGCUGGUUUAUUAAGGUGUGGAAAGAGCUGCAGACUCCGAUGGACGAAUUACUUGCGACCAGACAUUAAGCGCGGAAACUUCAGCAGAGAAGAAGAGGACACUAUCAUUGAGCUGCAUGAGAUGUUGGGAAAUAGAUGGUCAGCAAUUGCGGCGAGAUUGCCCGGACGGACAGACAACGAAAUAAAAAACGUUUGGCACACCCACUUGAAAAAGAGGCUCAAGCAAAACCAGGCCAGUGCUACUACCCCUGUAGCCAAACAACCCCACUCUCUCAAAACGCAGAUAAAUGAUCACCUAGAAAAUAUUGAAACAAACCCCAUUACUGAUUAUCCCAAUCAAGUGAAGCUGGAGAGCCCACAACAUUCCUCCAGUGAAAUCUCCUCCGUCACCACCGCCGCCACGACAAUGGAAGCUGAUGAUGCAUUGGACAAUUACUACUUCCCUGAUGUGGAUGAGAAUUUUUGGUGCGACGUAUUCUCCGACCACGACUCUGGCCCGAUGGCUAGCGGUUUUCCGGCAGCCGAAGAUCAUGUGGAAAAUGUUUAUGGGUACAGUUCAAGCAAGCCUGAUGGGAAUGGGAUGGACUUUUGGUACCACCUGUUUACAACGGCUGAGGGAUUGCCAGAAUUACCAGAUUUUUAGCAUGCAAAAUAUAUGGUUCAAUGAAUUUGUAUAUUUUUCUUCUUUCGUAGUAGUAUUAGAUUUUAAUUCCUUUUUUUAGUUCCUGUAAUCCUGUUUUACCGUUAAAUACCAAGACAUAACUGAGAAUUGGCCAAAAGUUCUUUGUGUCGAAAAUUUCCAAAAUUGUAUCAGCUGG